UUGUUUAAGCCAUUUCAAUUGCACUUUUCUUUGGACGAUAAAGGCCGCAGGACCAAAGGAAAACGCAUUGGAUUCAGCUGGGAUAAGGGACUCGGUAAUCCAGGGCAUGUCCAUGGAGGAAGCUACUGGUGGGAAAAGCCCUUUAAGUGAACGCGUAAGCCUUGAGGAAAGAGCCGGAUCAUCCCCCAGCGCUACACCUGCAGGCAGAGGGAAAAAGCUGCGCCUCUUCCACUUUUUGUUCGAGAUGCUGGAAGACCCUGGGAUGGCGCACUGCUUGUACUGGGUUCCUGCGUCUGUGGGGGUUUUCCGCUUCUCCUCCACGUAUAAAGAACAUGUGGCUGCACUCUGGGGCCAGCGCAAGGGCAACCGAAGGCCCAUGACCUACCAGAAGAUGUCCCGAGCCCUGAGAAACUAUACCCGCUCGGGAGAAAUCAUCAAAGUGAGAAAAAAACUGACCUACCAGUUUAGCGGCGCCACCCUGACUACGUUACGGAGCCAGCAGAGAAUGAAGGACGCCUAACGCUAACAGGGCGAUUUCCUUCUUGAAUUCCUUGUCUGAUUCGCUGUCCAUCUCUGGUUUGUCUCUUGGCUGUAAUGAGGUUUUGAAGCAGCCAUUCUCUCCUGUGUGACGUGUGCCACACUGCUGGAGGUGUUUCCUAACAAGUCACAACACUAAACACAUUCAAAUAAUAAAAAAAUAAAAUAAAAAAAAAUACUUUUCUCGAUUAAAAGAAUGACACCGUGUUAAAGAACAUCGCAGUCACCCGAGCGUCGC